ACUCACUCACUCUCUCACUCUCUCACUCACUCACAGAAUCUGCAUCUCUUCUCUUCCCCCAUCUUUUGAAUCCAAAGAUUUUCCCUUUUCACCAAAAAGAAGUUUCAACGAAAGUCUCCUCCAGCCAUAGUUACUGAAACCCAAAAAAUUCAUUGCACGAGAGAUGAUGCCCUUUAAACCCCUUUCCUCUUUAUUCCCAUCUUUCUCUCCCAAUUCCAAUUCCACAUUUUAACACCUUUCCCCACUCUUCACUCUUCACUCUUCCUCCUCACACAACACCCAACCAUGGAACACAACAACAACAGCAACCUUAACCUAUGCAAAUACACCGUUCACGAAAGCAUCCUCAAAAAACACACCAAAUCCAAAACCGCUUCCACAUCGGUUGGGCCCAAACUCAUUUCCAUAUCCCUAACCGAUCCCUACGCCACGGACUCCUCCAGCGAUGAGGACACCCACCGCCCACGUCAGCGUGUCAAGCGUUACGUCAGCAGAAUCGAACUCCAGCCGCCGUGCAGGGCGGCUAACCCCAGAAAGAGACCCGCCGUUGGCACCACCUCCUGCCGCCCGCCGCCCAAGGUCUCCGCCUCCGGCGUUAAGUACCGCGGCGUGCGGCAGCGGCCCUGGGGGAAAUGGGCGGCGGAGAUUCGAGAUCCCUUGCGCCGCGUCAGAAUCUGGCUGGGAACCUACGACACCGCCGAGGAAGCGGCGUUGGUCUACGACCACGCCGCCAUUCGCCUCCGCGGACCCGACGCGUUGACCAAUUUCCUCUCGACGCCGACGAAGGAAGAGUGGGAAAACGCAAAACCACAAUCGCAGUCACAGUCACAGUCACCGUCGCAAUCACAAUCACAAUCUCAAACGCAAACGCAAACACGUGCGGGGAAGAAACCGAGGAUGCAGGUGGUGGUGAAGCGGGAGACCGAGGCUUCCGGUUACGAGUCGAGCGACGAGUGUAUGCACAUUUCGUCGCCCACUUCGGUGCUGCGGUACGGCGAGGAGAAGAAACCGGAGGAGCCGUGCGCCGGUGCGAGUUUUUCUGAGUGUGGCGGCGAGACGGCGUCGUUUCACGAGAGUUGCGAGUAUUUGGUGCAGGACAUGAUGCCGUGGGACGAUGUUUUUCAGUUUCCGGCUCUCGACGAGCCUCUCUCCCACUUCGAAACGACGCCGGUUUUGGUUGGCGACGGCGUUAUCGAUUUCCAAGAGAAAUUCUCGGCGUCUUCCACGUUGUGCCAAGUGGACGAUUAUUUUCAAGACAUUUUGUUAGCCUCCGAACCUCUCGUGCUUCUCUGACUCAAUCUCAAACUCAAACCCAAACCCAAAGUGAAAGUGAAAGUGAAACUCAAGACUUUUUUUUUUUUGCGGGUAGCAAAAAAAGAAAAAAGAAAAAAAGAAAAAGAAAAAGCUAGUUUAUAUUUAAUAUAUUUUGUUUAAAUAGUUUAAUUUUUCUGCGUAUUAUUUAUUUGGUGGAGGAAUUCGGAAUUCCGCUAUGAAGUUUUGUUUGGGUUUAAUUUGAAGUUUGAUUUCCUUUGCCUAAUAAUGGGGUUGUUGAGAGUGUAAUAUAUUGUCUAGUAUGAAUCCAAGUGUGUAUGAAGUUGUUUGAUUCUGGUUGCUUGGGUUUUGGCAUUUCUGUUCUGGGUGACUAUUCUAAUAACAAAAAGAGAAGAGAAAAACCAAAAAAAGAUGUGUAAUGCGUGGAGUUGCCAAGUGCCGACUCAACUCAUGCUGCCGGUGAUUGCGCUCCACCGAUUGAUCCCUGGUGUAAAGGAAUGGCCCUUUCAAUUCCACACAUUGCAAAUAACAA